GGCGAAGCGGUGCCGCAUCAGUCACGAUUCGCGGACGUAAACAGCCGAGACGCGUCUUGCUCAUCAUCUACUCACACAACUUGCCUUUCUCGUUUGUCACUCGCGUCGAGCAUGCCCGUCACUCUCGUCACCUCCGAUAACGAGUCCUUCGUCACCCAGAAGGAGAUCGUGGAGCGCAGCGUGCUCAUCAAGAACAUGCUGGAAGACGUCGGCGAGUCCGACCAACCCAUUCCGCUCCCCAACGUGUCCUCCAGUGUCCUCAAGAAGGUUCUAGAGUACUGCGAGCACCACAAGGGCGAGCCCCUCCCCGCGCCUGAAUCCGAGUCGUCUCAGGACGAUACGCGGAAACGGACGACCGAUAUCUCGGAGUGGGACCAGAAGUUCAUCAACGUCGACCAAGAGAUGCUCUUCGAGAUCAUCCUGGCCGCCAACUACCUGGACAUCAAGCCGCUUCUUGAUGUCGGCUGCAAGACGGUCGCGAAUAUGAUCAAAGGCAAGACGCCGGAGGAGAUCCGCAAACUCUUCAACAUCGUCAACGACUUCACGCCGGAGGAGGAAGCUCAGAUCAAGAAGGAGAAUGAAUGGGCUGAGGACAGGUAGAUAUGGGUCGCACGUUUUUGCUCGAAGCCGCGAAGACGAUACAGAGGAACACACUGUUUUACACCUUGUACAUGUUGAUCAACGUCUUGCACGAUAUUCAGCCUUAUCUCGCGCGACAUCAUUCGAGAUUGCAAUUGGAUCUGCUCUUCUUUGUGUA